CUUAAACUUAAAAGUGGGUUUUGAUCCUGGAAAACCAGGCGACACCUUACUGAACCAAUCGUUGACCACAAUGUCGGAGCUAGAGCUCCGGCCAGCUGUGGAAAGGCUUCGAUUUUCAGUUCUGGCAAAAGAAACAGCACGAUUGUCUAUAGUGAACGACCAUUUAUAUGCUAUACAGGGAGAGCUGAAUCAGAUACAACUUUUGAAAGGAGACAUACAAUGCAUAAGCGGAUUCGAAGACAAAGUAUGGCGACUUGGAUACCUUACUUAUCAGGUCGUGGAUAUCAUCGAAACUUAUCACUCGUCAACAAAAACAGGAAUACUUAAAGGCAUCAAAACGAUAUUUAUGAGAGGCAUUGAAAUUGCUAAUGAACUCCAGCAAAUCAGGUCCAAGAUUGAGCAAAUUUCCGAUGAGAUCCUUGAAGAUGCUGCCAAAGAAAAAGAUCGCGGUAAAAUGAGAAACUUCUACGGUCAAGGUAAAAAGAGCGGUCGUCCUGUUUUGCCCAACAACCUAUUUGGAGAUGAAGUUCAAAUGAACAGCCUAUUUGGGCUUGAAAAAGACAAAGAGAAAUUGGGCCAAGUUCUAUUAUCUGGAACCAGAUCAGACAUCCCUGAGUCGUCGUCCUCCCAAUUUCCGGUCCCAAUAAUCCCAAUAUGCGGAGUUGUUGGCUCAGGCAAAACGACUCUUGCUAAGUUGAUAUACCAUGAUCCAAUUGUUUGUAAGGAGUUUGGGUCUCGCCUCAGCUGGAUUGAUGUAUCCGGUGGAGACAUACUUCAAAAAAUACAUGAAUCUGUUCUUUCCCAGGAAAGUCUGACACACAAAGUGUUCCAGAAAAGCCUAAUUGUGCUAGAUGAUGUACGGUCCAUUGAAGCUUGGGAAACCUUGAGCACAAACUUGCCACGAGUCGAGACGGGCAGCAAAAUACUGGUAACUACUCGAGCAGGAUAUAUAGCAGAAUAUAUAUCUCCAAAGCAAUACAUCCAUAAAAUGAAGCCCUUGAACGAGGAUGAUAGCUGGGCUUUGUUUACGGAGGUGUACACUUCGCGACAUCCAGGAUCUUUAACGGACGAAAUGAUAAAUAAGGGGAAGGAAACGGUAAAAACUUGUGGGGAUCUACCACAGCUUAUCAAGGAACUUGCAUUGUUCUUGGCAUCUGAAAAUACAGAGUGGAAUAUGGUGCAUAAAUACACCCAAACAUGUAUGUCCAAAUUCUUUUCUACAGUUUAUAAUGAAUUAUCAGCCCACUUGAAACCGUGUUUCUUUUACUUGGGUCUUUUCUUAGAAGAUCAAGUGAUAGAUCCCGAAAGGUUGUCCCAUUUGUGGAUGAUUGAAUGCUUAUUGUCAACACGAGAAUGUGAUAGAGGGAAGAGAAUGAUGGACGUGACAGAACAAUAUCUGAGAGAGCUGGAACUUAAGGGCUUGGUAGAGGUGCAAGAAGAGGAAGUCCCUUUCACCCAAAAAUUCAAGGGUUGCAGUAUCGUUAAAGGUAUUGAGAAAUUAUGUCUCUCAAGUGGUGAACGAAAACGUUUUCUUAAAGUCAUAGAUUUAAAGCAAAGCGACUGUUCACUCUCCUCGAUUGAAUCACAUCGACUAGUGAUAUCACUUGGGGAUUAUGGAGUAGUUGUGGGUCCUCAAGUUGCUGAAAAAGUUAGGACUCUUCGUAUUGUUGGAAACAAGCUGAUAGAAGAAAAAGAAUUUGUUUGGCCGGCUGAAAUGCUUAAUCUUAAGAAGUUCAGAGUACUCAGGAUUCUUGAUUUUGAUAGGAUUGAUUUUCAAGGGCAAAAAUUACCGCCGGGCAUAUUUGACCUGGUGCUAUUGAGAUAUUUGAGUUUUAAAGGGUGUGUCCUGGAGGGAUUGCCGUCAUCUAUUAGCCAAUUGUCGUCAUACUUGCAAAUUCUUGACUUGAGAGUGAAAGAUUCAUCCGAAGUGAAAAUUGCAAACGUGCUAGAGAAGCUGGUGAGAUUGAACCAUUUGUAUCUUCCACUGAGAUUUCGAACUCCAAAAGGAGAAAAAUUGCGAUUGGAUAGCUUGACGGAACUUGAAACCCUGGUGAACUUCAACACAGGAUUGUGCAGAGCUAACGAUGUCUUGAAACUUUGUAAACUCCGGCACUUGACAGUGAAGGUGGAAGGGAAUUUUGAGGACUUCGAGUCAAUCACCAAUUACAUGAAAACAACUUCAAAUAAUUUGCUGCAUUCUUCCAUUGACAUCAUAAAUAUGGAUUGCUAUGCAGAGGAAAGGCAUUCAGUUCUUCGACAAUUGUUACAGUGUCCUGCUGGUCGAAUCAUACACUUUGAGGGAUAUAUUGGAUGCUUGCCAUCAUAUGCAAAAAUCUCCCAAAGUUUCACUCAGCUAAUUCUCAAGAAAUCUGAUCUUAGAGAAGAUCCAAUGUCGAUGUUGGAGAAACUCCCUAAUUUAGGGGGCCUAGUCCUCUCUGAUGAUGCUUAUACGGGGAAGGUGAUGGCCUGUUCUGCUUUGGGUUUCCCAAAAUUCAAACGCUUAGAACUCUUAAAUUUGCCCUUCCUCGAAAAAUGGAUGGUGGAAGAUAAAGCCAUGCCUCAACUUUCCACCCUAAAAAUUAGUAACUGCAGCAAACUGGAAAUCCUCCCUAAAUGUCUGCAAAUCCGUGCUUCCGGGCAUUCGUUGGAGAUCAUUUGGCCUGAAAGGGAAGGGCAUAUGGGCUCCCCAAAGGGAGCGGAAUGUGGUUCAGAAACCGGACCCCCUUCGGCGAAGAAAUACACUAUAUUUAGAAGGUUAAAAUCAUUGUUGAGCCGAGGGUUUAUCAGAAACAGCCUCUCUACCCCACAAAGGUAGGGGUAAGGCAUAUUGUUGUUGUUGUUGUUGUUGUAUAGUAGAUGUUGAAUCCCCUUAGCUUCUUUGUGUGUUUACUUCUCUUAUAUUUUGAAUUCCUGUAGUAAAAAUUCAGGCUCCGCCACUAGGGAAAUGAAACUCCCAUAAGUUCAUAAUGAGCUAUCAUUCAGUUUGAUAACUAUUAAUAAGGCAUUGCUGAAACAAUAUUUUCUAA